AAUUUAUAAAAAGAAAAAGAGGAUCUUAAAAAAUAAACAAGAUGAUCCUGUUACCACUGACCUUGGUAUUGGUCCUGGCAGCUAUCUGCAAUGCAGAACCAGCGAUUAAUGAAGCUAGACCACACAGUAACAGGCCAGGAAGAUUCUUAUCUCUUCCUAAUCCCCAAAAAUGUUCUAACCGACCUAAACAAUUCAAUUUCCGUGGUCACAAUUAUUUCUACAGCGGACAUGUUCCUGCCCAUGCUAAUCAAAAAGUCGAUUGGUUGGAUGCCAGAAACAUUUGCAGAGAAUAUUGUAUGGAUUUAGUAUCUAUGGAAACUCAAGAGGAAAAUAAUAUGAUCUUUAGACUUAUACAACAGAACGACGUUCCUUACAUUUGGACAUCCGGUCGUCUUUGUGAUUUCAAGGGUUGCGAAAACCGACGCGAUUUGGAACCUAAAUCAUUGUACGGUUGGUUCUGGUCGGCAAAUCGUGAGAAAAUGGCACCAACCAACCAAAUACCACCUGGCUGGGGUUUCAAUCCUUGGUCUCAAACUGGACACAAGAAAGUUAGGCAACCUGAUAAUGCAGAAUUCGAUAUCAACGGUACCAACGAGUCCUGUUUAUCCGUACUUAACAACGUUUACAACGAUGGUAUCGCUUGGCAUGAUGUUGCUUGCUACCACGAGAAACCUUUCGUUUGCGAAGAUUCCGAGGAACUCCUCAAUUAUGUCGCAAAUACCAACCGUGGUAUUCGUCUGUGAGAUGCUUUUAUACAAUUUCUCAGGCCAACGUGAUAUCACGACGGUGGUCCUUCCUCAUCAGAAUCAUCAACACCCACCCACCCCUUCUUUGCUUUUAUUACACGUUGCAAUAGAGACACGAUAAUGUUGCAUUAAUUCAAUGAAAUUGGUACAAGGAAAAUACUAUUUGAAUAUAUUUUCAUAUCAGUUAUUUUAAUCUAGAAACAAUUCGUUCUUAUUAUUUCAUCAUUUUCUUUUUUUCAUUGGCCUUGUGUUCCUUUUAUUCAAAAGUGUAGGAAUUGUUCAUAAUAAUCAUUAAUUAUUCUGAUUAAUUUAAAGGAAAUAUUCGUUUUAGAAUUUGAUUUUGUCAUAAAAAAAAAAAAAACAAAGAAAUGUUCAGUUUAAAGUGUCUCAUCGUUGCAACAUUUUCCUUCCUUCUCUCAUUUAUCCAAUGAAGUUCAACUAUAACUUUAUCCACAUCGUCCAAUAUGUAAUUAUGAUAUUUCCGAUAAAAAAUAAUUCAUUAUGUACACGUAUUUAUUGAUAGAUAUCUGGCUGACAGUUUCUGUACAUUUAUGAAUAAAUCGUAAACGUAGGUCUAGUAAGAAA